UGUCCCCGAGAGGCCCGGGCGGUGCGGGCGGGAGACUCGGUGUCCCGCGCUGCCCCGGCCACUGAGCCUCGCGCUCCGCCGCCGGCUCUCCCUCCGCGAUUCGAACCCGGCCUGGCCCGCUCCACCCCUCGGGCCCCAGCUCCACGGCUGGCCCCUAGCCCCCCAGUCCCGGGUUCCCAGCCCCCAGCUGCUCUCCGCCCUGACCGCCGUCUCCGCGGCAGGGUCCCACCUCCCGUUCCUGCGGAGCCCGAGCGGCUGGGCGCCCCCGCGCUGCGGGCUAUUCGGACGUGGCGGCGGCGGGGGAGGGUGGGCUCCCCAUUGGCCGCCGCCGCGCGGGAGGGGCCGGCUCGGCGCACCUGGCGGCACCGCGGGGAGACGGGCUCCAGCGCCUCGGGCGGAGGCUUCGGAGGGAAGGCCGGGGCUGCGGCCCAGCUCCCCGCCGGCCACCCUGGGGUGCUACCUGCGCCCGCCCGAAACUUUGCCCCGCGGAGCCGCGCAAGCGGCCGGCCGUGCUGGAAGCCCCUGACCGGACCCCUCCCCCCGACCGGCCCCCCGCACCCCCGGCCAGCACCACCCCCGGCACUCCCUCCUCCUCCUUCCCCCGCCAGGAUGCGCUACGCCGACCCCUCGGCCGGCAGGGACCUGCUGGGGAACCGGACUUUGCUCUUCAUCUUCAUCUGCGCCUUCGCGCUGGUGACCCUGCUGCAGCAGAUUCUGUAUGGCAGGACCCACAUCCAGAGAGGCCUCCAGUUUGGUUGGCAGAAUGGUGACCAGCUGGCCAAUUGGACUGGGCUCUUUAAUGCCACCGACGAUCGAGCCGUACUGAGCAGCAGUGACUCCAGCUCCAGGUACUUUGAGUUUUAUGAAGGCCCUUUGGAAUAUAACUCCACAAGAUGCCUGGAGCUGAGGCACGAAAUCCUGGAAGUGAAGGUGCUGUCCAUGGUGAAGCAGUCGGAGCUCUUUGACAGGUGGAGGAGCCUACAGAUGUGCAAAUGGGCCAUGAACAUCUCGGAAGCCAACCACUUCAAGUCCACUCUUUCCAGGUGCUGUAAUGCCCCUUCCUACCUCUUCACCACCCAGAAGAAUACCCCACUGGGCACAAAGCUCAAGUAUGAGGUGGACACCAGUGGCAUCUACCACAUCAACCAGGAGAUAUUCCGCAUGUUCCCCAAGGACAUGCCCUACUACCGCUCCCAGUUCAAGAAAUGUGCUGUGGUUGGCAAUGGGGGCAUCCUGAAGAACAGCCGCUGCGGGAGGGAGAUCGACAGUGCUGACUUUGUCUUCAGGUGUAACCUGCCUCCCAUCUCAGAGAAGUACACCAUGGACGUGGGUGUGAAGACAGACGUGGUCACUGUGAACCCCAGUAUCAUCACAGAGAGGUUCCACAAGCUGGAGAAGUGGCGACGACCCUUCUACCGGGUGCUGCAGGUGUACGAGAACGCGUCGGUGCUGCUGCCUGCCUUCUACAACACGCGCAACACUGACGUGUCCAUCCGAGUCAAGUACGUGCUGGACGACUUCCAGUCCCCGCAGGCCGUGUACUACUUCCACCCACAGUACCUGCUCAACGUGUCACGCUACUGGCUCAGCCUGGGUGUGCGGGCCAAGCGCAUCAGCACCGGUCUUAUCCUGGUCACGGCCGCACUGGAGCUGUGCGAGGAGGUGCACCUGUUCGGCUUCUGGGCCUUCCCCAUGAACCCCUCGGGUCUCUACAUCACACAUCACUACUAUGACAACGUCAAGCCCCGCCCUGGCUUCCACGCCAUGCCCUCCGAGAUCUUCAACUUCCUGCACUUGCACAGCCGGGGCAUCCUGCGUGUGCACACGGGCACUUGCCACUGCUGCUGAGGCGCGGGCGCACCCGCUGGGCCACCUGGACAGCCCCAGGGCGGGGUGGGGUUCCUUGCUCACAUCCUGUGUGCCUGCAGGCAGGGGUGGUGAGGGGGCAGACUGCUCUCCGGACCCCGUGUCUGUGCCCUGCCCAUGGAGCACUAUGCCACUGGGCCUCGGGUGCCCUUGACAUUUCUAUAAAUUUAUUCUGAUUUGACAUGGAGUUGUACUGAGAAGACACAACAGAAAUAAAGUCACGCCUCUGUCUUCCAGGAGCAGGGAUCAGGCUGUCCACAGAUUCCAGCCCACGUGCUGGGAGCACUGAGGAGGGGACAUGGCGUCCAUCUCGUUGUUAACAUCAAGGAGCACAGGUGGUGCUUAUCGCAGCUGAAGGACUCAGGCACGGGGAAGUGGGAAGUGGGAGAAUGGCCUUGUGGGUCUAGACUAGAUUUAACUCAGACUUGUGGGUUCCUGAGUUUUGUACUGAGGCUUCUAGAAUCUCCAUCUUGAAUAUCCCCAGAUGCUAAAUGGUUCUGUGAAGACAGACUCAGAGUGGUCCAGAGAUUCAUCAGCCAAGGUCACAGCAACCGGCCGAGUCAUAGAGGUGACACAGUGACGGCGAACAUCAGCUCUGUGUGUGAGGACAGGCUAUGAUGAGAGCCACAGCCUACCAGACACAUCCUCUCACACACACGGUCUUGCUGCCUCCAAGAUCAGUUAGUUCUGCGUUGGACCUUUGGACAAACGGGAAUCACUGACCAGCUAUUUGUACUAAGCAGUUACAAGCCAGCAUUCUUGACUCAUAAGUGCUUAGUUCUUGGCUCCCUCUGCUGUUUAUCCCUCAUGUUCAGCUGUUUUAACCAGGAGCCAUUUAUAUGUGUUUCUCUUUAGGCUCCUGCUAGACUGUGUUCCUGAAUCAGUUCUUUGCAGAGACUGCAAAGUGCUGACAUGGAGCAAGUGAACUGAAGGGACAGCAGCAUGGCUCUGCCACCACUGAGGGCCUGACAGUCAAGAGUGGCAUUUCCCACCUGCACAGCCAUGUCACUCUCACAGGCGGGGACCCACAGGACUUGAGCUCUGGCAGGGAGAAUCCUAGGCUGAAAGGGGCUGAUGUGCUAUCUCGCAUAUGAGACCUGUUCCUUUCGCUUGCCCCUGAAGUGUUUCCACCGUGAGCUUGGUGGGUAGAUGCCCCUGAUGAAUUGCCUUAGAACUCAGCUUUGUGGCAUCCUGCAGUGUUAAUGUGGGGGGACUGCUGCAUCCUCCCUCCCCUUCUCCCUCUUCCUUCUUGUCUCCUUAUUUCCCAUAGACACUUUAUUUAUUGCCAUCAGGGUUAUCACAGGGGCUUGGUGCCAGCACUAGGAAUCCACUCUUCUUGGCAGCCAUUUUUUUUCCUUCUCUUUUAUUUGAUAAGACAGAGAGAACCUGAGAGGAGAGUGGGAGAGAAAGAGAGACACUUACAGACCUGCUUUACCGCACGUGAAGCUUCCUUCCUGCCCAUGGGGAGCGGGGCCUGGAACCCAGGUUUUAGAGCAUGGUAAUGUGUGCGCUCAACUGGGAGUGCCACCAUCUGCAACCCCCGCCAGCCCCCUACCCUUACAGACAUUUCUGUAAGUUUAUUCUGAUUGGGUUUGGAGUUGUAUCUGGGAAGACAUGAUGGAAAUAAAGUCACACCUCUGUCUUCUAGGAGCAGGGAUCAGGCUGCCCACAGAUUCCAGCCUACAUGCUGGGAGCACUGAGGAGGGAGACUCAGGCCUGCAUGGGGCAUGGCUGUCCAGCUCAUCACCUGUUUCAGGUUCAGUGAGGAGAGAGGAGCAGGCAGGCAUGGUCCCUGAACUCCAGGCUCGCAGUCUGGGGCUCCUUCCUUGGCCACACUCCUCACGCUGACUUGUGUGACAUGUUGGUGGGUAAUGUGGAGUGUGUGCCAUGCAGGACUCUGUUCUAGAUGCUCACCUUUCACCUUUCACCUUCUGAGCUCACAUUCCUACUGAGAAGACUGCAGACUGCUUUUCUGGAGGUCGCGGAGGUAAUCCAAGCACUUGGUAAAUCAGGAGAACAAAACAACCCCCACCAAGUCUGGGGACAGUUAUGCCCUCUUGGCUCCACAUACUUUCAGAAGGAAUUUCUGGGGAAUGUUCUGGUUAACUGAGGCUUGCAAACAUUCGUUUGUGAUGAAUUGACCCCUACUCUUGAAACCGUGCAUGACCGUACUUGGAGGACCUUUUAAAAACACUUAUUAUUGGUAAUUUAACAUUGUUUUUUUCUAAAACCAUAUGACUUCAGGGGUCUAGUUUGACGCCACCACCAGUGUUUUUGUACCCCCAAGCCCCUACCCCAACACCAGAGUUUUCACAGAGUCUUAGACACAGUGAGACAGUGGCUACCUUUUUUUGAAGCUCAUUUGUUUUGAUUAUCUUGAUCCUACACAGGAGGAAAGCCAUCCAGCAGGCAUCUUUCACCUCUGUACAUAUUACAUUGAAACUGGGAUAUAUAUAUAUUCUUUCCACCAAGGUUUAUUGCUGGAGCUUGAUGCCUUCAUGAUAAAUUCACCACUUUCAGCAGACUUUUUUUUUUUUCUGCUUCACUGCCUGUGAAGCAACUCUCCUGCAGGUGGGGAGCUGGGGGCUCGAACCGGGAUCGUUAUGUCGGUCCUUGUGCUUUGCGCCAUGUGCACUUAACCCACUGUGCUACCAUCUGACUCCCUUUUAUUUUUGAUAAAGACAGAGAGAAAUGGAGAUGGGGAGGGGGAGAUAGGGAGAGAGAAAGAGAGACACCUGCAGCUUUGCUUCACCUCUUGGGGAGCUCCCUUGCUGCAGGUGGGAACCGGGAGUUUGAACUUGGAUAAUAAAUUCUUUAGGUCCAUUUUGUCUUAUUCCAGGAAUCAGACUCAACCAGAACAGAUGAGAUUAGGGUCAGUUUAUGCCAGGGCUAUAUGGAGUGUCCGCUGUGCAUAGGACUCUCCACCAGAUGCCAACCCCCCCCCCCCCUUCGUGGUGCUCGCCUUCGAGACAGGCUACACUUGGGGCCUGAAGCCUCAGUGAGUCAAGUGUCAGGACUGCAGUGUCAAGGGUGUUAGUUAUUGGCUGCUCUGCUACGGCCCUCGCGGGAGCUGGGGAUGGUGUGAGGCUUUGCCCUGUGGUAGAGCUGGACCUUGUGGCUCACGGCCCUGUGUCUACAUGGGCUCUUAGGAUGAUUCUUUCCUUCUCCCAUCUCUGCAACUAAAGGCUUAGGAGAGAUCUCUAGGGUCCCUGUAAUCUCUGUUUUUGUGAAGGUAUCCAUGGUGUGUGGAUCUAAGCCAUAAAUACAAUUUAUUACUAAUAUGCUGAAGAUUUCCUGCA